AUGGAGUUUACCAAUGAUAGUAACUAUUUUAAUCAGACAGAAGUGCCAGAAUGCUCUCUGUUUCCAACUGACAGAGUGAAGUGCCGAGCAUUGCUGUAUGUUAAAACAGGAACAGCUUCUUUAUCUAUUUUAGGUUCAGUUCUAACAUUAGGAUUAGUUGUACUGUUCAAAAAAUAUAAUGAACAUUCACAAAGAAUGAUUAUACAUCUAUCACUGGCAACACUUGUUUUUGGAGUUACAUAUGUGAUACAAGGAAUUCCGUCUGAAAAUAAUGCAAUUUGCAAGGUCCAAGCAUCGAUAUUGCAAUUCUCCGUUUGGGCAUGUUUACUCUGGAUUAUGAACAUUGCCUUUGGAAUCUACUUUCGUGUUGUUUACGAUAUCAACAUACAACAAUAUGAAAAGAUAUUGACAUUCCUAUUAUGGGCGUUGCCUUUGAUCACAAUGGCGCUACCCUUUUCGGAAAAUGCGUAUCAACCCGCUGGAGUUUGGUGUUGGCUGCGGAAUGACAAUGGAUGGCGGUUUGGAUUGUGGUACUGUUGGAGAAUUUUAUCCAUUGUGUUAUUUGGCUAUACAAUGAUUCAUACAGAAAUUACAAUUCGUAGACGUCGGAGGGGAACUUAUUCAACUUCUAUCACAAGUUUGACAGCGAUGGAGUCAGAAAUAAAAACACUUCGAAUAUAUCCAAUCCUGUAUUUCAUUGUGAACAUUUUCCCUAUCAUAAAUCGCAUCCAAAACGCAGCAGUUCAAGUGCACGAUCAAAGAGGUUACACUUUUACACUGUUGCUUCUUCAAACACUCUUUGACCCAUUGUUUGGUGUGACACUGUCUCUUGCGUAUGUUCUUGAUGGAACGACAAGGAGCAGGCUCAACAAAGCUGGUAUUACUGAUGCUUUAAGACGAUGGCGAUCAAAACCAACGGAUGUAAGUGUGUACCGCGUUCCUGAACAGGCCCCGCACAUGAAAAUAUCUGUAAUAAAGACAUAA